AUGGUGAAUUUGAGGCGGACAGAUUGGUCACCAAAGUUAGAUGAGACACUUUGGGUAUAUAGAACAUCUUUUAAGACUCAUCUAGGCAUGUCACCCUUCAAAUUAGUGUAUGAAAAGGCUUGCCACCUCCCUAUUGAGCUAGAACACAAGGCGUAUUGGGCCAUUAAGAGGCUGAAUUUCAAUGCUCGGUUAGUUGGGGAACAAAGAUUAUUUGAGCUUAAUGAGAUGGAAAAGUUUAAGGCACAAGCAUAUGAGAAUACCAAGCUAUACAAGGAAAAUACUAAAAAGUGGCAUGACCAAAAUCUGAUACCACAACAUUUUCAUGUUGGCCAACAUGUGUUACUUUACAAUUCAAGGCUUAAGUUCUUCCCUGAAAAGCUCAAAUCUAGAUGGUCAGAACCAUUUGAGGUGCAUCACGUCUAUCAUCAUGGAGCAGUUGAUAUAAAAAAUGUAGAUGAUAGGACAAUCUUUAUGGUCAAUGGUGAGCGCCUGAAAAUUUACAAUGGAGCUCCACCUUUAAGCGACAAGUCGGUGCUUUACCUGCAUGACGUCUGA